CUGGGAACGCCUGCAUGGUGAACAUGGUGCAGAAGUACCAGUCUCCUGUCCGCGUCUACAAGUACCCCUUCGAGCUGGUCAUGGCGGCCUACGAGAAGCGCUUCCCCACCUGCCCGCAGAUCCCUGUCUUCCUGGGCAGCGAGAUCCUGCGCGAGUCCCGCAGCCCGGACGGCGCGGUGCACGUGGUGGAGCGGAGCUGCCGGCUGCGUGUGGACGCCCCGCGCCUGCUGCGGAAGAUUGUAGGCGUGGAGCACGUGGUCUUCGUGCAGAGGAACGUCCUGAACUGGAGGGAGAGGUCGCUGCUCAUCGAGGCUCAUAACGAGACCUUUGCCAGCCGCGUGGCCGUCCAGGAGAACUGCAGCUACACGGUCCACCCUGAGAAUGAAGAUUGGACUUGCUUCGAGCAGUGUGCCUCACUGGACAUUCGUUCUUUCUUUGGCUUUGAGAAUGCCCUGGAGAAGCUGGCCAUGAAGCAGUACACUGCCAGUGUCAAGAGAGGCAAGGAGGUGAUUGAGCAUUACCUGCAGGAGCUCCUCUCCCAGGGCACCUCUCACAUUCCCCGGUGGACACCUGCCCCUGUCCGGGAGGAGGACAGCUGCAGCCAGUCAGGCCCGCAGGACCUCGGUGUUCAAGGGGAGACCGUGGAUGCAGAUGGCAACGUGUUGGACACCAACUCCAUGGAGAGGCGCCUGGGCCACCUCACCCCCACGCAGGAGAGUUGCCUGACCCAGUUGCGACACUGGCUGCAGGAGACCCACCAGGGCAAGAUUCCCAAAGACGAGCACAUCCUUCGGUUCCUGCGGGCCCGUGACUUCCACCUGGACAAGGCCCGGGAGAUGCUGUGCCAGUCCCUGAGCUGGCGGAAACAGCACCAGGUGGAUCUCCUCCUUCAGACCUGGCACCCCCCUGCCCUGCUGGAGGAGUUCUAUGCUGGGGGCUGGCACUACCAGGAUAUUGACGGCCGCCCGCUCUACAUCCUGCGCCUGGGCCAGAUGGACACCAAGGGCUUGGUGAAAGCAGUGGGGGAGGAGGUGCUGCUGCAGCACGUGCUGUCCAUCAGUGAAGAAGCACAGAGGCGCUGUGAAGGGAGCUCCAAGCAGCUUGGCCGCCCCAUCAGUUCCUGGACCUGCCUGCUGGACCUGGAUGGGCUCAACAUGCGGCACCUCUGGCGGCCCGGCGUGAAGGUGCUGCUGCGCAUGAUUGAGGUGGUGGAGGCCAACUACCCCGAGACCCUGGGUCGGCUGCUCAUCGUGCGAGCGCCCCGCGUCUUCCCAGUGCUCUGGACGCUGAUCAGCCCUUUCAUCAACGAGAACACCAGGCACAAAUUCCUUAUCUACAGUGGCCGUGACUACCUGGGUCCUGGGGGCCUGGUUGACUACCUGGACAGAGAUGUGAUCCCCGACUUCCUCGGGGGACAAAGCCUGUGCAAUGUGCCUGAGGGAGGCCUGGUCCCCAAGUCCCUCUACCUGACAGAGGAAGAGCAGGGGCAUGCAGAACAACUGCGGAAGUGGAGUGAGACCUACCAUUCGGCCAGCGUGCUCCGAGGGGCACCCCACGAGGUGGUGGUGGAGAUUCUGGAAGGAGAGUCGGUCAUCACGUGGGACUUUGACGUCCUGCGAGGCGACAUGGUGUUCAGCUUGUACCACACCAAGCAGGCACCCACACCGGCAGCCCAGGAGCCUGGGGCCAGGGCCGGCAGGCAGCUGAUUGACAGGAGCUGGGUCCUGGGUGUAGAUUACAGCCACGUGCAGGCCCCGCUGCUCUGCCGGGAAGGGGAGAGCAUCCAGGGCUCCCAUGUGACACGGUGGCCAGGGGUUUACCUGCUUCAGUGGCAAAUGCACAGCACCCCUGGUGGCAUGGCCUGCAGCCUCCCGGGUGUGGACGGAGUCCUCACAGCCCUGCACAGCCCCGGGCCACGGGGCAAGCUCCUCUACUACUACGAGGUGCUCGCGUCUGAGGACUUCAGGGGCUCCAUGUCCAGCCUGGAAUCCUGUACCAGUGGCUUCUCCCAACUCAGCGCUGCCACCUGCUCUUCCUCCUCUGGCCAGUCCCAUAGCAGCUCCCUGAUCUCCAGAUAACCAGGGUCUACUGCUUACCUCUCUUGAGUCCAGAAGUCUCCAGGAUGAGAAGCCAGCUUGCUGCUACCAUGGGGCCAGCAAACCCGUGGACUGGAGCCCUGGACCAAGAUGCUGCCCUCCAUGGAACAGGUGUGGAGCAAGCAGCAAGGACCCAGCUCCCGGCCAGUGUGUAGUGUGAGCCCCCCAAGACAGUGAGACACUGCUCUCUCCUGCGGGCUUUGCCUACAGAAAGGCCGAGGUGUGGACCGGCCCACCUUUGGGUUUCCUAGGACAUGAGCCUGGUCUGUUCUUUCUGGGCUAGCUGCUUUCUCCCCGUGUGCCACUCCCAGAGUGGCCUCUUACCAGCAGGAACUGCCUCCCUUCAUGCUCUUCCUCCAUCCCUAUUAACUCUCCCAGCCAACCUGUGCUGUGGAGGAAGACAGGGCUAGGAAGUAGGUAG